AUGUCGGAUGUUCAGAUAGAUUUUGAGGCCUUUGAAAGGCGGCUCAAUUAUUUACAUGCCGAAUAUUCCAAAUUUGAAGGGUCUCCAAACAGUUUACUGUUUGUAGUGGGGUCUAGCGACGUGGAAGAUCCAUACAAGAAAAGCACGAUUUUACACGAUUGGUUGUUGGGAUACGAAUUUCCUGCGACUUUGAUUGCCAUCAUGCCUGAAAAAGUUGUUAUCAUCACGGGACAAGGUAAAGCGAAACAUCUUUUGCCUGCGGCGGAGAAAUUCGGAGAGGCAUCGGGCUUCAAAUUGGACGUUUGGCAACGUAAGGGUAAGGACGUGGAAUUUAAUGAAAAGCUUUUCAAAGAUGUCAUUGAAGAAUUGAAAAAAUGUGGUACGACUGUGGGGAUGUGUCCCAACGAUCAGUAUCAGGGCAAAUUCAUGGUACAAUGGACCCCACUUUGGGACGAAGCGGUUGGAACGGCUGACAUUAAGGUCGUGGAUGUGUCUGUAGGUUUGUCAAACACUUGGGAAGUUAAGGAUGAGAAAGAGACGGCUUUUUUGAGAGUUUCGAGUGCUGGCUCGGACAGUUUCAUGAAUUUUUUAUCAGAUGAGAUGGUAAGCGCAGUGGAUGAAGAACUUAAGAUUACGAACGCUCAGCUUUCAGAUAAAGUGGAAGAAAAAAUCGACGAUUCCAAAUUUUUGAAAAAACUGUCUUCCAAGCUGGGUCCGCUGUGUGGGAACGGCGAAAAAUUCGAUAUUAACUUGUUAGAUUGGUCCUAUUCUCCUAUAGUUCAAUCCGGAAACAAAUUUGAUUUGAGGAUUUCUGCUCGCUCAAGUAAUGAAAAAUUGGUUGGAAACAGAUGUAUCCUCGCGUCAUGCGGUAUUCGCUACAAAAAUUACUGUUCCAAUAUCACCAGAACGUUUUUAAUCGACCCCUCCGAAGAGAUGGUUUCUAAUUACGAUUUUCUCCUGCUUUUGCAAUCUCAGAUUAUUGAAAACUUUUUGAAAGUGGGUCAAACGCCUAAGCAGGUAUAUGAAGCCGCAUUGAAUUUUCUAAAGGACAAAAAACCAGAAUUGGUCUCCGGGUUAACCAAGAAUGUUGGAUCGCUUAUCGGUUUAGAAUUCAGAGAUUCUAAUUUUGUUCUCAGCGCUAAGAAUGACUAUCGUAAGAUUAGAGCCGGUGAUGCGUUCAACGUUUCUCUCGGUAUUAACAACUUAGUCUGCUCUCAGACGAAGACAAAUUAUGCUCUGCAGAUAGCGGAUACCGUUAUUUUGGAUCAAAAUGACGGCACACCCUCAAUCUUGACCAAUUACACCAAAUCUAAAGCACAGGUUUCCUUUUACUUCAAUAAUGAAGAAGAAGAGAUCAAUCCAAAGACUAAAAAAGAGGGAAGCUCGGGAUUACCACCUGCACCUAUAAAAAAUGAGGGUAAUUCCAAAAUUCUAAGAUCGAAGCUUCGUGGUGAUUCUCGCGUCGCUGAGGAUAAUCAAAAGGAUCAGAUAAGGAAGGAACAACAAAAGAAGUUGCAUGAAAAACUUCAGAAAAAUGGGUUGCUGAGAUACAGUGCGGCAGACGCCAAUGAUGAAGAGCGCAAGCCUCAACCUCAAUUCAAAAAAUAUGAAUCGUACGUUAGAGAGACCCAAAUUCCUAACUCUGUGCGUGAUCUCAGAGUACACGUUGACUGGAAAAAUCAAACUAUCAUAUUACCAAUUUACGGAAGACCGGUUCCUUUCCACAUCAAUGCGUACAAAAAUGGGUCCAGAAACGAAGAAGGUGAGUUUACUUACCUUCGUUUAAAUUUCCACUCCCCCGGUGCCAGUGGCAUUUCCAAAAAGGCCGAGGAGUUACCUUACGAAGACGCCCCCGACAAUCAGUUUGUGAGAUCAAUAACUUUGAGAUCAAGAGACGGGGACCGUAUGAGUGAGGUUUUCAAACAGAUUGCUGAUUUGAAAAAGGAAGCAACCAAAAGGGAACAAGAGAGAAAGGUUUUGGCAGAUGUGGUUGAACAGGCAAGAUUGAUCGAAAAUAAGUCCGGAAGAACGAAACGGUUGGAUCAAAUUUUUGUGAGACCAAGUCCAGAUACUAAAAGAGUCCCCGGUACCGUUUUUAUCCAUGAAAAUGGUAUUCGUUAUCAAUCGCCUCUGAGAUCGGAUAGCAGAAUUGACGUUCUGUUUUCCAAUAUCAAAAAUCUCAUUUUCCAACCAUGCAAAGGGGAACUGAUUGUAAUUAUACACAUCCAUUUAAAAAAUCCUAUCUUAAUGGGGAAAAGGAAAAUUCAAGAUGUCCAGUUUUAUCGAGAGGCCUCUGAGCUGGCCGUCGACGAAACUGGUACUGGUAGACGGUCAAAUAUGAAGUUCAGAAGAUACGGUGAUGAAGAUGAAUUGGAGCAAGAGCAGGAAGAGAGAAGGAAGAGAGCAGCCCUGGACAAAGAGUUCAGGUAUUUCGCAGAAGCGAUUGCGGACGCUUCAGAUGGAGUGGUCGAUUUGGACACUACUUUCAGAGAUCUGGGAUUCCAAGGUGUUCCUAGCAGGUCGGCUGUUUUCUGUAUGCCUACGAGAGACUGCCUGGUUCAACUUGUAGAGCCGCCUUUCUUGGUGGUUAACUUGAGUGAAGUAGAGAUCUGCUUUUUUGAAAGAGUCCAAUUUGGUCUAAAGAAUUUUGAUAUGGUCUUUAUUUACAAAGAGUUUGGUAAACCCGUCACUCACAUUAACACUGUUCCUAUCGAAGACCUCGAACUUUUAAAAACAUGGCUAACAGAUGUUGACAUACCUUACAGCAUUUCUACCGUCAACUUAAAUUGGCCUACUGUCAUGAAGUCACUUCAAGAAGACCCUCACCAGUUCUUUUUGGAUGGGGGCUGGUCUUUCUUGGGAGCUGGCUCUGACGAUGAAGUUUCAGAUGAAAGCGAAGAGGAAAUUAGUGAGUACGAAGCUUCCGAAGAAGAGCCUUCCGAUGAAAGCGCAGGGUCGCAAGAAGAUGAUUACUCUGAAGAGGAAGAGUACAGCGACGAGGGCAGCGAAGAUGCUGCCAUUAGUGAAGGUGAAGACGAAGAAGAGGGCGAAGAUUGGGAUGAACUCGAAAAGAAAGCUGCCAGAGCCGAUCGUGCUGCCAACUAUAAGGAUUGA